GAUACGCCAGAUCGAAUGGGUGAGCGGUAGUCCUGGAGGCGGCCUCCAACUGCUAGGACGGGAGCUGCACCCUGCCUACCGUCUGCCGCCUCACAUGGAGUACCUUUAUUCGUUGCAGCACUCCACAGCCAGUUCUGUACACGCAGGCCUCGGCCUUUCUCCUGAGUACCUGACGGCGCGGGGCCUUACCGAACUGCAUCCGAACUCGACGUUGGCCAGCAGCGAUUUUCCGUUCAGCUUGGAUGGGUCUCGAAUAAGCAGCCCACGCCCGAACAGUUUGAGACAGUCCCGCAAGAGGGCGCUCUCAUCCUCGCCGUACUCGGAUUCGUUCGACAUCAAUUCGAUGAUACGUUUCUCGCCGAACUCUCUAGCCUCGAUAGUGAAUGGCUCAAGGUCGUCGAGCGCGAGCGGUUCCUACGGGCACCUCUCGGCGGGCGCCAUCAGUCCGGCGCUCAGCUCCGUGCACCCCAGCAUGCACCUGCAGCAGCUCCAGGCGCAUCUCAUCCGAAGCGCCGGUUCGCUGCUUCCGCUACCUCCGGCGCCCGCGCCGCCCCAUCCCAUGUACUCGCUUCCUCACCAUCCGCUUCACACAUCGACUGGUCAGAAUAUUCCAAAGACUGAUAUUUUAAGCGAACGAAAAAAAUCGGAAACCUCGAACUUAAUUACGCUCGACGCCGAUGCGAAUCGCAACAAGGCGCGGUCGAAAAAGGACGCCUGCAUCACGACCUGCGACGCUCAGGGCGACCAGGCCGAUCUGAAGGACGAGCCGGGCGACUUCAUCGAGACGAACUGCCACUGGAAGGACUGCGCGACCGAGUUUCCCACUCAGGACGACCUCGUCAAGCACAUCAACAACGACCACAUUCACGCGAACAAGAAAUCGUUCGUCUGCAGAUGGGAGGGGUGCUCGCGCGCCGAGAAACCGUUCAAAGCUCAAUAUAUGCUGGUGGUGCACAUGCGCAGACACACUGGGGAAAAACCACACAAGUGCACGUUCGAAGGCUGCUACAAGGCGUACUCAAGACUGGAAAAUUUGAAAACUCACCUACGAUCGCACACCGGCGAGAAACCCUACACCUGCGAGUAUCCCGGGUGCUCCAAGGCGUUUAGCAACGCGUCGGAUCGAGCCAAACACCAGAAUCGGACUCACAGCAACGAGAAACCGUACGUGUGCAAGGCGCCCGGAUGCACCAAGCGCUACACCGAUCCCAGCUCGCUGCGCAAACACGUCAAAACCGUUCACGGCGCCGAAUUCUACGCGAACAAGAAGCACAAGGGCAUCGACGGACCGCACGACGACGGAUCGGCCGGAAUCGAUUCGAGUCCGCGCAGCGAGGACAUGCAGAGUCACAAGACGACGAGCCUCAGUAGUCCGAGCAUUAAAUCAGAGUCCGAUGUCAACUCGCCCGGACAACAACAGCAAGGAUCGCCAUUGGGGGCGACUCAUCUGGCGGGCGGAUGUCACGAUGAUCUAACGGCCGAAGUUCCUGCCCUGCAAAGAAAUCCGAUCGACGAUCCCGCGUGGCCUUACGACGCCGAGGACUUGGAGAUUGAAGAUCUGCCUGAAGUUCUACGUGCGAUGGUGGGCAUCGGAACGGAUCGUGGCAGCGUCGCGGCCCUCAGCAAUCAGGCCGUACGUAAUCGAGUCAAGGCGCGUCUGCAGGCGAAACCCGGCUCGCUUCCCUCGCUGCCCCCCGUCACCCGCAAGAACAUCGGCAUAACCGAGAUCAAUCGUCGCAUCACCGACCUGAAGGUCGAGGCUGCGCCGCAGACCAAAACCCAACUUACCGAAUUGCAGCAGAGACUUCAGCCUCCCGGCGGCACCCAAGCGCAGAUUCGUCGAGACAGCAACUCGACGGUUAGUUCCUAUUACGGCAGCAUGCGCAGCGCCGACAUGAGCCGGAAGAGUAGCUUGGCGUCGCAGGCGUCGAGUAUGCGUCCGGGUCCCGGCGGCGGAUCGUUCUACGAUCCGAUAUCGGCGGGCAGUUCGAGGCGCAGCAGCCAACUGUCGACCGCCACCGGUGGCGGUAUCAGCGUGCCUCCAUCCCCACCUUCGCAUUUGCUUGUCGGGCAGUUGCAGCGAUUGCAGCCUUCACCACAAAACGGAAACCUGGUGCUUCAGCCUCAAAAUGUCUCGCUACAGCAAACGGCGAUACAACAAACUUGGCUGUCGAAGUUACCCGAAGGCACCGACACCAGCACCGACUCGCGGCGCAUGUCCGAACCGUGUCACGUGAUGACCGAACGAAAGAGUCCGCCUCCUAGGCCCGCCUCGGUUUCGCUGUCGCCGCUGAAGGGGACCGUCAACUCCGGCGAGCUUCAUCCGAACCAAGCGGUCGUGCUGGAUGAGGUCGGGGAGGGGGAGAUGGUCGAGAAUAAGCUGGUGAUACCGGACGAGAUGGUCCACUAUCUGAAUCAGGUCGCCGACACGCACACCGGCGAUUUUAACGCGAUUCCUUGGCAGGACGCGCACAAGCCGAUGCCGAGCCCCGGCGCGCACAGCCAGGCGAAUUUUGCGCCCGCUCAAAAUCCGCUGAUGUCGCCCGUUCCCAGCGUGAACCACAUGAUGCCUUCCCCUGUCGGAGCAAUAAACCAAAUGGUACCAUCACCAAAUCCCAUCAUGAUGUCGCCUGCACCGUCCCAGAUGGUUCCCGUCCACUGUCACUCACAAAUGGUGUCCCAAAAUCAGCAGAUGCUAUCGAACUGCUACCGCCCAGCGUCGCAUAACGUAUGCUACGCGCAGCACACGACCACUUGGGAGCCCAACGGUCAGAUGCUCCAAAACCGUAUGUGCCAAACUCAACCAGUACAAACCAUGUGCCAUAUCAGCAAUAUCCCACACAACACCUACUGCAGAACACCUCACGUACAAACUCCAAGCAACUACCCCAUCCCCUCCCACUGCAACAACCACGUGUACGCGUCGAUGUGCACCUCCAACUACCAUCCCAACGGUUGUCAGCAGCAGAAACACGUCAACGGCUACGGGUGCAACAACGUCUACAGUUGCGCGAGCGAGCCGAUGGCGUCACCCGCCAUGGCCACGCCGGCGCCCACCGACAUCGUGAACCAACCGCAACAGGCGCAAAUGGUGCGACCGUGCUCCCACGUCGACCAGCACUGCUACCAACAGCAACCCUACACCAAUCAAUGUCUUCCGAACAGCGAUCGCCUGUACUGCGCGAACUGCAGCAACAAAAAGGCGAACGUCUGCCACCAGUGCUCGAACAACGAAAUCCAAUGCAAGGACAUAACGCAAUCGCAAAUGUCGCCCAACGUCAACAAGGCGCCGCCCGCACUCCAACCGCUCGGCAUGCGCCAGGACACGUACCAGCGCACCUUGGAGUACGUCCAAAACUGCCAGUCGUGGACGAACAACGCCGACGCGGCCGUCAGCAGCAGCACGCAUCCGAAAGGGGGCUGCGGCGACGCCCCCUCCUCGAACAUGGUCGUCAACGACAUGACGUCCUCGCUAAGUUCGCUCCUCGAAGAAAACCGUUACUUACAAAUGAUACAGUAGAACUUUUUUGUGAUACAGAUUCGGCUUUAAACUUUUAUAGUAUAAUUGUACAAUUUUAUAAAUAUAUUUCUUAUAGGUAGACGCAGAGCAAUCAAGAUCUCAGUGAAGAGUGCGAGAGGAGCCAUUAUUGUAACUGCCAUCAUAUCAAGACAAUAAGUUAAGCAACUUUUUAUAUAUUUUAAUUGUAAAUAAGAAUUAGCGUAGUGGAAAUAUUUUGUAAUAAGCGAUUGAAAUUUAUUUAAAUAAAAACGAUGCUUACAGAAUAAAUUUG